AUGUUUAAAAUAUGUAAAGCAAAGGAAGAGGAGCCAAAGGCUUCAGGGCAGGUGAAAAUAAAAAAGAAGUCAAAGGUGCCCGGAGUUAUGAUCACCCAGUAUGUGGAAGAACUACCUGAAGGCAUGAGCACCCCCGAUUUCACACGGAAACCCAUUGCUCUCACUAUUCAAGAAGGAAAAUUGGCGAUCUUCAGAGCAGUCGUUACUGGCGACCCAAAACCGACUGUGACCUGGGUUCGGAAUAGCGGGGAACUGAAUGAAGAAUAUAACAAGAUGGUCUUUGAUUCGAAUGCUGGCGAAUACCAACUACAGAUGCCUGAUGUAUCGGCGGAUCAAGCCGACACCUACAAGUGUUUUGCUAGAAAUGAAUAUGGAAAAGCAGUUGUAACCGCUGCGCUUAAUAUCAUUGAGGUUGGUUUUAAGAAGAGCAAAGCCAUGCAAGAAUCCAGAACAGCGGUGAGAGAGAUACCCGAGGACUUCAAAAAGACCUUACAUAAGGUUGACAUCGAGGCAAAAGAAGACAAAAAAAUUGAAAUUGAUGACAAGUUUUGGGAACUGUUGAUGAGUGCGGAGAAAAAAGAUUAUGAGACCAUCUGUGCUCAGUAUGGUGUCACUGAUUUCCGCGGGAUGCUUAAGAAACUAAGUGAGAGGAAGAUAGAGAGGGAUCAAGAGCAAGAAAAGGUUGUUGAAAGGCUAUGCAACCUAAAGCCCAUUGAAUUGAAGGCUGAUGGAAAUGCCGAGUUUGAACUUGAAAUGUCACUAAAAGACCCGACCAGCAAAAUAUUCUUAUUCAAGGAUGGAGUUAUGGUUCCCUUUGAGUUGGACACAGACUCAAAACACGGACUGAAGCAGGUGGGCAAGAAGUUUGUGUUCAGCAUCAAUGGUGUCGACCCAGACGAUGCAGGUUUAUACCAAGUGGAGGUCGAUGGAGUAAAGAUCUUCUCCACUGAGUUCAAACUUCCCCCAGUGGAGUUCUUGGUCAAGAUGAAUGAUGUGAAAGCAGAGGAAAGAGAAGACGCUGUGUUUGAUUGUGUCCUCUCACAGCCCCUGAAAAAAAUUAAGUGGAUGGGAAAGAAUAACCCACUAGAGCAAGGAGAGAAAUAUGAUAUAACUGUGUCAGAGGACAUGCUGAUUCACUCGUUGGUGGUGAAGGACUGCCUGCCAUUGGACAAAGGAAUCUAUGCGGCUGUGACUGGACUUAACUCCUGCAAUGCCUGGCUUGUAGUGGAAGCCGACAAUGAUCCAAACGCAAGCAGAAAGAAGAAAGCUCGCAAAACAACCAGAGCAGGUGGUGGUGGAGCCGACCUUUUAAAGAUUGCGGAGGAGCAACAGGCUAAGAUACAGAUAGAGAGAGAGAAGUUGAUUGCUAAGGCAAAGGCCGAUGCGGAGGCUGCCGCCGCAGCAGCCACCGAAACAGCCGCCGAAGCAGCCGCAGCAGCCGCUGUGGCUGCCGCUGAGAAAGCGGAGGUUAGGGCCGCAGCGAAAGUGGAGAAGGAAGCCGAAGCGAAAGUUGAGAAAAAAGCCAAAGCUACAGUAGAGAAGAAAGCCAAAGCUAAAGCCAAGCCAAAGGCAGAUACCAAGACUGAAAAAGAGGCGGAUGAUACAUCAGAAGCAACCACUGUUGAGGAGGAGGAGGAGGAGGAGGAGGAUACAAAAGAAGAUGUUCAGGGAGAGGCUCCUCCUGAAGUUGAUGAUACUGAAGAAGAGGAGCCAGCCCAAGAGAAAAGAAAGAGAGUGAGAGCAGGCCCACUUGUCCCUGAGACAGUCACUGACCCGGGAGUAUACUUCACGGGAGGACUGUCCGAUGUAACUGCAAUCAUUGGUGCUGAUGCAGAACUGGUCUGCAGGCUGAGCAGUGAGGACUGUGAUGGAGUCUGGUCCAAAGAUGAGAAAGAGAUCACGGAAACAGAAGAUAUCUCUAUUGUUAAAGAUGGGACUUUUCGCAAACUAAUUAUCAAGAACUGCAAAGAAGAGGAUGCCGGAAAGUACCGCUGUGAAGCUGAUGGCCGUAAAACAGAAGCUGCAUUAAGUGUUGAAGAUCCUCCUAGAAUUAACCCAGAUGACCUGGCAGAGUUCAGAGAACCUGUCAUGAUCAAAACCGGAAAAGAUGCAGCCUUCGAGAUAUCCUUUGUGGGCCGGGAACCCAUGAAGAUCCAGUGGUUCAAUGAGGGUGAAGAGCUCUUCGAGGAUGCCCAUAUCAGAAUAGAGAAGUCUUCCUCACACAGCCGCCUGGUGCUUACUAAGUGCCAACGCAAAAUCACAGGAGAAAUUAAGAUUAGGAUAAAAAAUGAUUGUGGAGCAACUGAAGCCAUCACGCAGUUUGUCAUUUUAGAUAAACCAACGCCCCCACUAGGCCCAGUUGAUAUUAUUGAAGCCUCGUCAACUUGCAUCGACUUCAAAUGGAGGAUUCCCAAAGACAAUGGAGGUUCCCCCAUCACGGACUACAUCCUGGAGCGCCAGCAAAUUGGCCGAAACAGCUGGAAGAAAUUAGGAAAAAUUGGCCCAGAGCCUAAAUACAGGGAUCGUGAUGUUGAUCAUGGCAGAAAGUACUGCUACCACAUCCGGGCGGAAACUGAUCAAGGCACCAGUGAAAUGAUGGAGACGGAUGACAUUCAGGCAGGGACAAAGGCAUACCCUGGAUCUCCUUCGACACCAAAAAUUGUAAGUGCUUUCAAAGACUGUAUCAAUCUGAGUUGGUCUGCACCCACUAAUACUGGAGGAACCAACCUUUUGGGAUACAACGUCGAGAAACGCAAGAAUGGCAGUAAUCUGUGGGGCCAUGUCAACCCUCCCAAUGAACCCAUCAAAGAGAAGACUUAUGCAGUGAAAGAUGUAGUUGAAGGCUUCGAGUACGAGUUCCGUGUAUCGGCGAUCAACAUUUCUGGAGCUGGAGAGCCAAGUUCGCCUUCUGUCUUUGUGUUUGCCAGAAAUCCAAAGAAGCCCCCAGGUGAAGUCAUUGAACUGAAGGUGACAGACUCCACAUACUCCACCUUAUCGCUGGGCUGGACCAAACCAACGGAAGAGGAAGGGGUCCAGGAUGAGGCCAAAGGAUACUUUGUGGAGCUCAAACCAGCAGAAAACCCAGAAUGGGGUCGCUGUAACUCCAAUGCUAUCAUGUUAAGCUCCUAUACUAUUAUGGGUCUGAAGUCCAUGGCCAUGUACUGGGUAAGAGUUCUAGCCACCAAUGAGGGUGGAGAGGGGCCUCGAGAGUUAAACAACUACAUCAUUGCAAUGCCUCCUGCAGUGAGACCUCAAUUCACUGACAAAAAUAUGAAGAACUUCAUGGUGAUUAAAGCUGGUGACUCUGCUCGAGUGAACUUCAACUUUAAGGCCUCUCCAAUACCGGCUAUCAAAUGGCUCAAGGACGGACUUCCUGUCGCCAAACAUGUGACGGUGCACAACACAGACACAUCAUCGCAGCUAAUGAUCCAUGCAGCAGAGCGCCAUGACACUGGGAUCUAUACCAUCAUUGUCAAGAACCUUGUUGGUCAGGAGACCUCCAGUGUUGAGAUAAGAGUCACAGACGAGCCCAAGCCUCCGGGCCCCGUGGAGCUGAAGGAGAACGUGACGGGAACUGUGACGGUGUCCUGGACUCCCUCUCCAGAUGAGAAGAAAGACGACAGGCUGCACUACGUGGUCACCAAGCGAGACUCUGUGAUGCGUUCUUGGCAAACUGUGGCGGACCAUCUUUUCAACAACAAGUGCACCGUCGUCAAUAUCAUGCCGGGGAGGGAGUAUAACUUCCGGGUCUACACUAGGAAUGACAUGGGACUCUCCAAGCCUUCAGAGUCCACAACCUGGGAAGUGAAGAGAAGAAAAGAAACAUUUUCUUUGAACCUUCCGGCCACUAAAAAGUGUUGCUUUGAGACGCCUCCUUCGUUCUCUGUUCCGCUAAAAAUGCACAAAAGUCCAGAGAGCUACGAGUGCAACAUGAGUUGUGCCGUGAAGGGAAACCCCAAACCGUAUGUCACCUGGUACAGGAACAACGUCAGCCUCAACACCAACACCAACUACUACAUCACCAACACAUGUGGCGUCUGCUCCAUGGUGAUACUUAGAGUUGGCCCGAAGGACAGCGGCGAUUACACAGUCAUUGCAGAAAACCCUCUGGGCAGAAUGGAGUGUUCCACUAAACUGGUUGUUAAAGAUUAG